GCGAGCAAGACGUUUAGAUCGGGUUUGUGAAUAAUGUGAAAAGAUCCGAUCAAAAAGAAAGAUUCGUUCACUUCGCUGAUAUGCAGAGCCCCCGUGUCAGAGCCGAUGUGAGCGGGUUAUUGAACACAGCGAGCGGCCCCGUUUGAGCUUCUCGGCUCAGUCGAGAUUAUUUUCCAUCUGGUUAUACCGACGUUGAAAGUAACAACAUGCUGUUUUCGACGAGAGGUAACAAGUCCAACUAAGAAAAGGAAAUGGCUUGGUUCCACCAGGCUUUACAAGGCUUGGGCCAGCCAGAUGGAUCCAGGAUGCCCCCUACAGUGGAAGAUCUGUCCCAUGCACAGGUCUCCAAGCACACCAUUACACAGUUAGGGAUGUCUGAUGGACAAGGUUGGUCAACACUUCGUCCAGCUUCCAUCACAGACUUUCCGCCUGCUUCAGGAGGCAUCGUUCCCCAACGUCUGGAAGCACUGUCCUGCACAUCCCUCAACAUGGGCUCCAGAGAAGACUCUGUGCCGUUGUCUUUCGUGACACUUCAGGAGCAACGAUGUGUAUUAAGUUGGUUUUUAGGAUGGAAUGCAGUCCAGAAGCAACGCUUUCUGGAAGAUCUGAUUUCAAAGGCUGUGCCUGGAAAGGUGUCCAGUUUAUUAGACCAACUAAACACACUGCAGGUGAAUGAUCGCCCACCCAACAUUUUUGAAUGCCAGUUAAGACUGUGGACUCAGUGGUUUGAUUCAUGGAGUGAAGAGGAGAGAAAUGCAUUUUUGAACAGCUUAGAGGAGAAGGAUCCAGCCUUUGUUGCAUACUUCUAUGCUGGAACAGCAGUCAGAGAUUGAGGCUCUUCAUACAAUGCUUUUUGGUGUUUUUUUCACUCUUCAAAAUGAAAGUGAAAUCAAGUCACCUAUGGACUAUUCUGCUGUUAAAGGGUUUUGAAAAGCUAUGCUUGAUGCGCAUAUGAGUGUAGUUUUGAUUAGAUGCAAAAAAAAUUGUGUUAUGUUUUUUUCCCCUAAAGGUUUUUCAAAAAUAAAUAUUUUUUUUCAUUA